UUUCUCUACCUUAUUUUAGGCUGCAGCAGCUAAAGCUAGUGGACAACUGUUGCUAGAUACUGAGAAUAGCCCACAUUUAAAUGGCCAAGGACCUUAUGGAAAUGACAGUGAUCAGCUUCAACUUCCUGAAACUCCUACAGGGUUUCAACAAAAUGAUUACAUGCCUAAUCAGCUAAAAAAUCAUAAUCAAACACCUACACCUAAUGCAGCUAAUUUAUUUGAUUUGAAUUCUACUUAUUCAAGUUUUCCACCACAGCCGCAACAUUUAUUACCCUUCAGUAACCAGAUAACUCCUGUUGAACCCAUUAAAAUAGAUCAUCAAGGUUUGCUCUCAGAUCAACAUACUACGGGAGAAUAUAGUAGUUCGGGAAUACAUCCUGUUACUAAUGUCCGCUUGAAGAAUCUUAUUCUUAAUAGACAAAAUCAGAAAGAACAGCUUCAAAACUUUGCAGCAGCAGCCGCAGCUCAAAAUGUGGGUAAUAUAUAUUCUGAUACACCUGUGAGUCCCAUUCCAGUACAUCCUCAGUCAGGUGAAAACGAUAGAUAUGCGCAACAAACUCCCCCUACUCCAACUUCAUUGCAUAAUAGAGUUGGCAAUAAUCCGUCUGACAAUGGAAUUCCAGCUGAGGAUACUAGUUAUUUAGGACAGAGCCUGACCUAUGAGCCUUUAAGAAAUCUUGCUUUACCAUCUCCUGAUUCAGAGAUGUCUUGGAGAAAAAAUGAUUCUCCAGCUAACUUAGACGAAGAUAGUGUGUUAAAAAAUGGCCAAGCUUCUAUAAAUAAUUCCGCAAAUCAUACUGAUGGAAUAAGUUAUUCAGGAACAGAUCAAGGUUCAAUCAAUGGAUAUGGUUACCAAAAUUUCUUCGACUCUAGUAAUUCACAUGAUGUUAACGGCUCUGACUCAUCAAAUAGAGAUGAUUUUCCCGCCUCCAACAAUACUUCACCACAAAAAUAUUCAACUCAAAAUGCACAGUCAGUUUAUACUAACCAAUAUUUUCAGUCACCAAAUGAUAUGAAUUCUUAUUCAUCAAAUACAAAUGAAGUGGUUGUUUCUCAAGGUUCUUAUCCCACUACAACGUCUGCUCAAACCAAUCAUUCAUCUCCUUACUCCCAGCAUCUGUCUUCCUCUCCUGAUCCUAGAGAACCAUUGCCAAGUCCAUACAACCAAAAUCAGUCCUAUGAGCACCAAACUAAUGGAAAAUCUUCUGAAACUCCAACUUCAAAAUCUGAGAGCAAUUCUGAAACUACUACUAGCACAAUGACUGAUGGGACAGAUCGAAAUUCUUCUAAUCAAUCUUCAGAACAAGGCAAUUUUUUAUUACUUACGACAGCAUCUUUGAAUACAUACACAAACACUAUCAACACAUAUAACACUUCAACUUUCCCAUCAUCGAAAAAUUCGACCAGCCUACCUGCUAUAGGUUCCAUAUUCAAUUCUGGACAUACUGUGAUAUCAAAUUCAUCAGAUUUGGCUACACAACUGAAGGUGACUUAUUCGGGGAGUGUACCUACUAGUCAUUGGAUUAGUGGUGGUCAACUUCCACCUAUGGUAGAUAAUGGUCGUAAUGAUGAUUUCUGUGGUCUUGACCCAGUUUCUUUGGGGGGCAUAUUUUCUUCUCUUAUCCCUGCUCCUUCUUCAAAUCUUAUACUCACAACAAAUGACAAUAGUAAGAAUUUAGUUACGAGUCAGCAAGAAUCCAAUUGGUGGGAGCAGAUGAAAAGUACUGUAAAGAUAGAAGUGCCUCCUGCAUCACCAGACUGUGAGGUUCUGGAAAAUCAGCCUUCAAGUCCAUCCACUGCUGCGCUACCUACGUCAUUGUAGUUUGCAUUCCGUUCCUUGGGUCUUGAGGAAAACAAAAGCAGUUUUUUAAAAAUAUUUUUUAAUAGCUACUUACAAGAUAUUUUUUACAAAAAGUACAAACUAUUUAUUUUAAAAUACUUUAGCCUUCAAAUCUCUUAUAGAAUAUUUUUCAAAUGUCAGACUAUCGAUGCCAUACCAUUUAAUGUCUUUUUUUUUGUAUUAUGUGAAAGUGAAAUUAUUUAUGUUUUCCAUAGGGCAAUCAUUUUUAGAUACUCAUGUAAAUGUACAUUCUACCUCAGUCUAAUUUUUUUAAAGAGAAAAAAAAAUAAAUAAUAAUGAUGAACUCAAAUUGUGAUGCUUAUUUGACAUGGUGAUUAGUUUUCUGGUCAUUAAAUCUAUACUUUUUUAAUACAGAAAUCAUUUUUAAACAAUUAAGGCCUUGAUACUUAAUUUUUGUUUUUAUGUCGUACAAUGUUUUGAAAAUGCAAUGUAUAUAUUUUCUUUUAUUUUAAUUUUAGUUUGUGCUUAACUAUGAAUUUGUUUUAAAUUAUAAAAUAUUAUUUAAGUCAUUCUCAUAGUUUUUUAAAUAUAUGUGAGUGUCAAAUCCCUUUUUAUCUCAUUGCUUAUGUAACUAAUGUAGUGUAACAAUUUGGUAGUUUAAAACAUCUUAAAUGCUCGUAAAUUAGUAUUAUUUUUAACUGACAGUAGUAAUUAUUUUUGGUAUUUUAGUUUUGAGGACAAUUCUAAUAAAUAAUGUACGACGAUAAUUUAUUCAGAUAAACAUAUUUUUUAUAAAAAUAUUUUUGUAGUGAUUUGAGCUAUAUUGAGAGAUGGAAUGAAAUUGCUGCCUUUUGAGAGAAAGUGUAUAAAAUGAUACAUAGUAUUAAUAAUUGAAGGUAUUUUUUUUAAAUCCUCUUCUCUUAAUUUUUUGAUGCAACAUUGUUCUUCCUAUUCAUGUUCUGUGUAUUAAAUGAUACAUAAUAUUAAUAGUUAAAAGUAUUUUUAAAAAAAAUUCUUUUCUCUUAAAUUUUUGAUGCAAUAUUGUUCUUCAUAUUCUAGAAUUCAUUUUAUUUCUGAAUUGGCCAUAGGCAGCUCAUUAAUAUGCAUAGAAUUUUUUUUCUUAUCAGUAUUAGUUUUUGUGUGCACUCUCAUAGUUUUUCGUUAGUCACUUUACUGUAUUUUGUAUGUAGUCCUAAUUUAUUAAUUUAACUUAAUGUUAUUUAACCUUUGUGAUUGUUUAUUUUUCAACUAGGACAAUUAGAAAUAAUUCAUUGACUUUUUCAAUGCUCCAAAAUACUAAUUGGUCAAUUUACUGGGGCCAAUUGUCACUAGUGAGCGCAUUAAAUUAAAGACAAUUGACAAAAAAAGAACCAAAGAUUGCCUAUUUUGCCCUAAGCUUUUGACAGCCUUGCCAAUAAAAAAAUCGUUUAUUUUAAAAAUGAUAAGAAGAAUUUAAGAAACGUAGUGCUUUAGUUCAUCAAUAACGUGAAAUUUUUCUACCUUGGGCGUUUAAAUACUUCCUAAUUUUAAAAACUAUUUUCUUUAGUGUACGAGGUUUUUUUUAAAAAAAACUUCAUUCUAAAGACUUAUUUGUUUUUAGUGCUCGGAUGCUACUCUGAAUAUCAACUUGCCUAAACAAAGAGAAUUUGCUCUUAAAUUUCGCUGUGUUAAUAAGGUCCCUAAAACCAUUAUUUGCAUAAUCUAAAACAUAAACAAGGCUUGAAACAAUAAAAUAUGGCAAAAAAUAAAAUUUAGAAAGAAGGAUAAAAAAAAUGUUUUUUUAUUUUUUAUUCAAUAUCAGUAUGCCUAACUUCUUAUUCACUUAGAGCUUUAAAUAUUCUUCGUACGUCGUUUCUAGUCAUGUUAGUUUUUGGAUUUUUUAGCAAUCCAUUAAAACGUAUAAAUUAAACUACAUUUAAGCUUCUAACUUUUUUUUUUAUCUUUAUAAAGUGAUAUUUUUUGUGGAUGCUGUUUGUGUGAUAGUAUUUGUUUCAGCUAUAUUAGUAUUGAAAAGCCUACUUAAUAUUUUUUUUUUUGCUUUGUUCAUAGCUAUUAGACCAUUAUUUUUGAAUUUGUAUGUUUGCUAUAUUUCUAAGUAAUUAAUUUUUCAAUUAUUUAAAAGAAUAUUAUUUUAUUCUAGAAUUACUUACUUUAAUUGAUUUUAUUUGAUUAUUUGCAUAAGUAACUAUUGAAUCUCAGACUUGAUGUUUUUAAAAAAAAAUUUAUGCAACAUUUUUGUGUCAAUUACUUAAAUAGUUUGUUUAUUUAUUACUCGUGUAAUUAGUCAUUGUGGAUUGUAUUAGCAAAUGCAAAUUUUGUAUUUUAACAGGUGAAGCUAUAUUUUUAGACUUCUAAAGUUUUAAUGACUUUUACUAUAUUUUGUACUAUUAGUCACCAAAUACAUAUGUAUCAUAUUAGAAUAUACAAAACUUACAAUUAUAGCAAUAAUUGUUACUUAGCAGUGUUCAUUAAAAUGUGCCUAACUGUUAACUACUUUUUUUAUGUGUGAUAUUUAUUUUUUGUAAAUUGAUCAGUCCCAUGUAAUGCGUCAAUAAUGAGACUUAUCUGUAAGAUGUCACAACAUAUUGCUAAUGUUUAACUUUUU